AUGGCAGCCGCUGGUUUGGAUGACGAGAGUACAGCUCGACGUGACCUCACGUCGAGGUGUAUUGCUAUUAUGAACCGAGCGGAUCCCCAACUUAUCCAAUAUAUGCAAUACCAUAUCAACAAAGCCGACGCUUCAAAAGGUCCCAACUAUGAAAAAGUAAAGAAGUUUGGACAGAUUCUGUUAGAGAAUUGUCAAGAGGUUGUCGACAAACCCCCCGUGUACCGAGAUGUCGCCCUUCCCACCGCUCCUCACACCGAAGUAUCGGCCAAAGGUGACAUUGUGUACUCUGAAAUUUCAAGAGAGAACGUGAGGAAGCUUGAGAGUUAUGUCAAAGGUGAAGUAGAACCCGCGGUAAACCUUGACAAGGUCCAAUCCGAUAUCGACAAGCUUUGGGAGCUUGUAAACUCUCAACCCUCAAUCACUCCCGCUCAAAAAGCUGCCAUCAAAUCCAUGUACGGUGAAGUUGUCAAAUCAUUGGGUAAAGAUGCUGUGAUAGAGAACCCAGCUGUGACUAGAACCAAAGGUGCUAAGCAAAGACGAUCCUCAUCAUCUUUCUUGCGACCAAAUGUUGAGGAUAGAACUGAGGUGGAGGAAGCGCAUCUUCCUUUCUUGCAUUUGAAGAGAAAGACUGGAACCAGUUUUGCUUAUUCUCAGAAACUCACCAAUAUCUACUUUGAUGUCCUCACUGAGAUCGCUACUUCCGGUGUCACCUUUGCCAAAAAGGCCGCGCUUCUUACCGGUGUUGGAAAAGGAUCAAUCGGUGUGGAGAUCUUGAAGGGUUUGCUUUCCGGUGGUUGUACCUGUAUUGUGACUACCUCUCGAUACAGCCGAGCUGCUGUAGACUACUACAAGAACAUCUUCCAUGAGAUCGGUUCCAAGGGCUCAAAACUAGUCGUUGUACCAUUCAACGGAGAUGUCGAAGCUCUUGUCGACUACAUCUAUUCUACCCUACAAAUUGAUCUUGACUAUAUCAUCCCAUUUGCUGCUUUACCUGAAAACGGUCGAGAGAUUGAUGGUAUCGACGAUAAAUCUGAACUUGCCCAUCGACUCAUGUUGACCAAUCUUCUUCGACUUCUCGGUGCUGUAAAGGUCAAAAAAGCCGCUCGACACUUUGUCACGCGACCUACGCAAGUUGUACUCCCCCUUUCUCCAAACCAUGGUAUCUUUGGUAACGACGGUCUUUACGCUGAAUCCAAGAUCUCCCUUGAAACUCUUUUCAACAGAUGGUCCGCUGAAUCAUGGGGCGAGUACCUCUGUAUUGCCGGUGCUGUCAUCGGUUGGACUCGUGGUACGGGCCUUAUGAGCGCCACCAACUUUGUUGCUGAAGGUCUUGAGAAACUUGGUGUACGAACAUUCUCUGCUAAAGAAAUGGCUUUCAAUAUACUGGGUCUUAUGCACCCUCUCCUCUUCGACAUCACUCAAAUUGAGCCUAUCUGGGCUGAUCUCAAUGGUGGUAUGGACCGAGUUGCCGGUCUUGCCGAGGUCAUGACCUCUAUCCGACUUGAUCUCAACCGAGUCGCUGAUUUGAGGAAAGCCAUCACCGUCGACAAUGCCGCUGAUUUCCGAGUCAUCAACGGUGGGGAUGCCGAACGACUUCAUCAAAAAGUAGCCAUCGCACCUCGAGCCAACUUCAACUUUGACUUCCCCAAAAUCGACUCUCCUGAUGUCCUCGCUGAACUCAGUCAUCUUCAAGGUCUCAUUGAUCUCGACAAGGUCAUCGUGUGUACUGGUUUCGCCGAACUGGGCCCUUGGGGUUCUUCUAGAACACGAUGGGAGAUGGAAGCUCGUGGUGAGCUCACCAUUGAAGGUUGUAUCGAGUUAGCUUGGAUGAUGGGACAUAUCAAGCACUUUGAUGGAAAAUUGAAGAACGGUCAGACGUAUGUCGGUUGGGUCGAUUCCAAAUCCAGUGAUCCUGUGGACGAUAAAGAUGUCAAAUCUAAGUAUGAAAAGGAGAUUAUGGAACAUGCUGGUAUCCGACUCAUCGAGCCAGAUCUUGUUUUCGGUUAUGAUCCGCUCAAGAAAUCUUUCCACCAAGAGAUCGAGCUCAACCACGAUCUCGAACCCCUUGAAGUCUCCGCUGAAGAUGCUCAACGAUUUGUUCGAGAACAAGGCGAUAAAGUUGAUGUCUGGGCUCAAGCAUCUGGUGAAUGGUUCGUCAAGUUUAAGAAAGGAGCGAGAGUCUUCCUUCCUAAAGCUGUUAAAUUCGACCGAGUGGUUGCUGGUCUUUUACCCACCGGAUUUGAUGCCAAAAGAUUUGGUAUCCCCGAGGACAUUGUCACCCAAACCGAUCGAACCGCCCUCUGGGCUCUGGUCUGUGUCAUGGAAGCAAUCAUUUCUUCCGGUAUAACCGAUACCUACGAGCUCUACAAAUACGUUCACCCAUCUGAGGUUGGUACCGCACUUGGUUCAGGGGUUUUGCUGAUAAUUAGUUUCAUCAACACUGUUGCUGGAUGGGUCAAUCUUCUUCUGCUCUCUUCUUCCGGUCCUGUCAAGAUCCCCGUUGGUGCUUGUGCUACCGCUCUCCAAUCCGUCGAGAUCGCUUGUGACUCCAUUCUCAGUGGUAAAGCCAAGGUCAUGAUUGCCGGUGGUUUCGAUGAUUUCUCCGAAGAAGGUUCUUUCGAAUUCGCCAACAUGAAAGCCACCUCGAACGCCGAGACCGAACUUGCCAUGGGACGACAACCCAACGAGUUCUCUCGACCCAUGACUUCCACCCGAUCAGGUUUCAUGGAAUCUCAAGGUUGUGGUGUACAUGUCAUGAUGUCUGCCAAGACCGCUCUUGAAAUGGGUGCUUCCAUCCAAGGUAUUGUCGCUUAUACCUCCACCCACACCGAUAAAGCUGGUCGAUCCAUCCCAGCUCCUGGUCGUGGUAUCCUCUCCACCGCUCGAGAGAUCACUCCCAAGGAAGCUCUCCCCAUCCUCGAUACCAAAUACCGAGCCCGACAACUUGCUUUCCGACGAAAACAAAUCUCCCAGUGGCUUGAGAACGAGCAUGAGCUUCUUCGAUUGGAACUUGAAGCUAGAAGAGAUGCCAAAGACAACGAUACCUGGUUCCAAUCUCGAGUCAGCUUUAUCGACGACGAAGCUCGACGACAGGAGAAGGACGCCCUGGCCACUUUCGGUAUGCUUGAAGGAUCCCAUCCUAAUAUUGCCCCUCUCCGACGUGCUUUGGCUGUUUGGGGUCUGGAUGCGGACUCUGUUGGUGUGGUCACAUUCCACGGUACCUCUACUAAAGCCAAUGACAAGAAUGAAUCUGGUGUCACCAACUUGCAAUUGGAACAACUUGGAAGAACACCUGGUAACGCCGUCCCUGUGAUCGCCCAAAAAUCCUUAACUGGUCAUCCCAAAGGUGCUGCCGCUGCCUGGCAAUUCAACGGUAUGAUCCAAACGUUGAACUCUGCUUUGGUACCUGGUAAUCACAACGCCGACAACAUCGCAGAAGAACUUCGAGCAUUCCGUCAUUUAUUCUACCCAUCAAAACCUAUACAACAUGUACGAUUGGAAUGUGGUCUUUUAACGUCCUUUGGUUUCGGUCAAGUCGGUGGGCAAAUAGCCAUCGUUCAUCCCCGAUACCUCUUCGCUUCGUUGCAACCACAUGACUUACAAGAAUACAUAAAGAGAAGGUCUCAACGAGAACUUAAUACCUACUCUAGAAUGUCGCAAGCUAUGGUCAACAAUAACUUGGUGCAGAUCAAAGAAGCUCCUCCAUACUCUGCUGAGCUUGAAGCUGGCGUGUUACUCAAUCCACUCGCCAGAGCUGGACCAUCAAAGAACUCUUAUGCUUUCCAAGGGAAGUUACCUUCUUCUAUACCUCUCGACACAAAGAACGCAGAAACUCUCAAAGCAGUUUUCGCUCAAGCCAGUGAUGUGAAAGGUGUUGGAGUCGAUACCGAGUUGAUCUCCAGUGUGCCCACUUCUGAUACCUUCCGACAACGAAACUUUACCGAGGAAGAGAUCAAAUACUGCACUUCUGCCCCUGAUCCAACCGCUUCAUUCGCAGGACGAUGGGCAGCUAAAGAGGCAGUGUUCAAAGCUCUUUCGGUCCCAUCCAAAGGUGCAGGUGCGGCAUUAAAAGACAUUGAAAUUGUUUCUACUGGUUCAGGUCCAGAAGUCAAACUCUCAGGAGACGCUUUAGCUGCUGCUGGAAGUAAGAGUAUCAAAGUUUCACUCAGUCACUCUGAAACUUCCGUCGUUGCUUUUGCCGUUGCCCAAUAA